GCCAGUCCAGUCCGGCCGCGGUGAUGCCUCCUGGUCCUCCGCGCGCCCUGCUCGCUCUGUCCCAGGUGGGGCGUCCCAGGUCGACCAUGGUGGCCGGGACCCGCUGUCUUCUAGCGUUGCUGCUUCCCCAGGUCCUCCUGGGCGGCGCGGCCGGCCUCAUCCCGGAGCUCGGCCGGAGGAAGUUCGCCGCAUCGACGGGCCGCUCCUCGUCCCAGCCCUCGGACGACGUCCUGAGCGAGUUCGAACUGCGGCUGCUCAGCAUGUUUGGCCUGAAGCAGAGACCCACCCCCAGCAGGGACGCCGUGGUGCCCCCGUACAUGCUGGACCUGUACCGCCGGCACUCGGGCCAGCCCGGCGCGCCCGCGCCCGACGGCCGGCUGGAGAGGGCCGCCAGCCUCGCCAACACCGUGCGCAGCUUCCACCACGAAGAAUCUUUGGAGGAACUACCAGAAGCAAGUGGAACGACCACCCGGCGAUUCUUCUUUAAUUUAACUUCUAUCCCCACUGAGGAAUUUAUCACUUCAGCUGAACUUCAGGUUUUUCGGGAGCAGAUGCAGGAAACGUUGGAGAACAAUAGCAGUUUCCAUCACCGAAUUAAUAUUUAUGAAAUUAUAAAACCUGCCACAGCCAACGGGAAGUUCCCCAUGACCAGACUCUUGGACACCAGACUGGUGAAGCAGAACGCGAGCCGCUGGGAGAGUUUUGAUGUCACCCCCGCGGUGAUGCGGUGGACAGCACAGGGACAGGCCAACCACGGGUUUGUGGUGGAGGUGGCCCACUUGGGGGAGGACCAAAGUGUCUCCAAGAGACACGUUAGGAUUAGCAGGUCUUUGCACCAAGAUGAACACAGCUGGUCCCAGAUCAGGCCACUGCUAGUAACUUUUGGCCACGAUGGCAAAGGACAUCCUCUCCACAAGAGAGAAAAGCGCCAAGCAAAACACAAACCGCGCAAACGCCUCAAGUCCAGCUGUAAGAGACACCCUUUGUAUGUGGACUUCAGCGAUGUGGGGUGGAAUGACUGGAUCGUAGCGCCCCCCGGGUACCAUGCCUUUUACUGCCAUGGGGAAUGCCCGUUCCCCUUGGCCGAUCACCUGAACUCCACUAAUCACGCCAUUGUUCAGACGUUGGUCAAUUCCGUGAACUCUAAGAUUCCCAAGGCGUGCUGUGUCCCCACAGAGCUCAGCGCCAUCUCCAUGCUGUACCUUGACGAAAAUGAAAAGGUUGUAUUAAAGAACUAUCAGGACAUGGUUGUGGAGGGUUGUGGGUGUCGUUAGCACAGCAGAUAUAUAUGUGUAUAUAUGUAUGUGCAUAUAUAUAUAUAUAUACACACACACAUAUAUAUAUUUUAGAAAAAAACAAGUUGACACUUUAAUAUUUCCCAAUGAAGACUUUAUUUAUGGAAUGGAAUGGAGAAAAAAAUAACACAGCUAUUUUGAAAAUAUAUUUAUAUCUACACAAAGAAGUUGGGAAAACAAAUAUUUUAAUCAGAGAAAUUAUUCCUUAAAGAUUUUAAAAUGUAUUUAGUUGUACAUUUUAUAUGGGUUCAACCCCAGCACAUGAAGUAUAAUGGUCAGAUUUAUUUUGUAUUUAUUUACUAUUAUAACCACUUUUUAGGACAAAUAGCUAAUUUGUAUUUAUAUGUAAUCAAAAGAAGUAUUGGGUUUGUACAUAAUUUUCCAAAAAAUUGUAGUGUUUUCAUUUGUGUGUAUUUAAGAUGAGAAGUCGACAUGGAAGGUUACUUUGGCAAAGUGCUUAGCACAUUUGCUUUUUUGCAGUGCUACUGUUAAAGGUCACAAGUUCAAGUCCAGAAGAAAAAAAAGGUGGAUAAUCCACUCUGCUGACUUUCAAGAUUAUUAUAUUAUUCAAUUCUCAGGAAUGUGGCAGAGUGGUUGUCCAAUCCAUGAGAACUUACAUCCUUAUUAGGCGGAAUAUUUGGAUAAGAACCAGACAUUGCUGAUCUAAUAGAGAAACCCUCUCCCCACCCCUUAUUUUGCAGAAAGAAUAGAGCAGGACCAAUAGAAAUAAUUAGAAAAUUGAUGAACCUGCAGGCAAAUGAAUGAUCGUUGUUCUUUCCUAAACUAGCGAUCCCUUCAAAGGGACUGGUCUGGCCAAAGUAUUAAAUAAAAUAUAACAUUUCUUCAUAAUGGAUAUUGUGGUCAUGUAUGUGGAUCUCUAUUGGCCCUCAUGAAGACUUGGAAAUUGAUUUGUAUUUUACUUUUACCUCAACUGGGAGCUCUUUUUGCUCGAAGAACCUAUUUUUCUAACUUGACCAACACACAGCAAAAUUCUGCCCAUCAUUGUUUACUGCAUAGCCUGUUCUCUGAUCAGCUUUUCUUUCCAGGAUUAUGUGUUUAAACACAUUUUCUCCAAAUGUUAAACCUAUUUCAGAUAAUAAAUAUCAAAACUCUGACAUUUCAUUUUAUAAAGUCUAACCUGUAUGAGAAAAUGUUGCACA